AUGUAUUCACUAGGAAUGGUUGUGAUAUUUUUAUUGAUUAUACUAUGGAAUGUAUCAAUUAUCAUUAAUUAUAUCCAAAUUGAUGAUGAUGAUGAUGAUAACAAUAUAAAAAUGAUUGAUGAACAAUUUUUUGGUGAUAAUAAUAUCACAAAACAUUACAAUAGUGAAUAUAUCAGUAAUGAUUACAAAGAUACUGGACCAAGAGGAUUUAUCAUUAAAGAAUUUAAGAAUAAAUCAUUAAAAUUUACGAUAAAUGAAUCAAAUCGUUUUAAAAUUUCCUAUCCACCAGCUGAAUAUCGUUUCUUCAGAUCAAUGAUUAAUCAUAAUCUGUGUUAUCAGUAUACUUUAGAAUGCAUUUAUUAUCGAUCGGAAUAUUCACGUAGCAAAUUAUCAAUUGAUGAGAAAACUGGUGAAGAAUACAAUCCGUGUCAACGAUUUGUUGAACCAUGUUUUGGAAUUUCUGAAUACGAAUAUAAAGCUAUAAAGAAAUUUAAAAGUUUAAAAGAUUAUUAA